AUGAAAUAUGAGAAAAAAAAUUGGAACAACGAUAAGGGAAAAAAACAAAAUAAGAAAUUUCCGCACGAUGGCACUUACAGUAGGGGAAAAAGCAGGCGGUAUGGAAAACAUGACGAGGGCACAGGAGAGUUUAACAAUAUGUCCUAUCGCCACGAAAGGGGGCGUAUUGAACCGACGCACAGUGAUAUACAGCAGGGCGACGAGUUCAAUUCAGACAGGCCCACGUACGCAUCCGCUUCGUCUAAUUUUAACAGAAGCAAUAACUAUGAUGUGAACAAUAAUGUGCUCGAUAACUGGGGCCAGCAAAAUAACCAAUACAUGGCACCCCCAUAUAAAAAGGGGGCGAUGAAUCAAAAGGCGAACGUCCGAGGUGGCAUGAGAAAUAAUCGUGCUCGUUAUAAUACGAGGUUUGUAAGAAAUGGUGGCCACAGGGGGUCUAAAUUUAGUGCGUAUGCAAGUGGCGAUCACAACGUUAAUGUGAACUUGAAUGAAGAGGGACGCCCGCCGAAUGAAGACAAUUACGACUACGUGGAUGAUUAUUAUAACAGUGAUGCGUACUAUUCCGGAGACGGCCGCCAUGGGGCAGAUCACUUCCACCAUCGCGACCAUGAGCGCGAGCAAGGGCUGUACAGUGGUAGCUACAACCACGACAGUUACAACCCUCACAGUAAUGACGCAAGUAUGCGGCAUGCACGCAAAAACGACCAUACGUAUGAGGACAUGGAGGGUGAUAACUACGCAGACAGUUACGGAGAUCAUCACACUCAUCACGGUAGUGGGGACUCGAGAAAGGCCGACAUAAACCAGCAGCUGAGCACCCUGCAUAGGAAUUUGCACAAUUUACUUUUCUCCCCUGCAAAAGCGGAGGAAGAAAAAAUCCUUAGUGAAACAAACACCACGUCGAAGAACAAGGAUUCUAACGAAAGCUUGUUGAACCAGUUGUCCCUUUUGAGAAAUAUUCCUUUUAAUGUAAAGUCGUCGGAUGGGGCAGGCGGCACUGAAGGAGGCAAAGAUGAUGGACUUAGUAAGGAAGAGGUGGAUGGCGGCGUCAACGAUCGACAUAGCCCUGAAGCGCAGCAGAAGAAAAGCAGCCAAACCAGCAAGACAGCAAUGAUACUGGACGAUUUGAAAAAGUGCCUCUACAUGAGUAACAGUCAGGAAUCGAAGAAGACGCAACCCGCAGGGGACAAUAUGAGCAACUUACACUCACAGAAUCGCGCAGAGGAGGAGUGUGAAACAGAGAGGAGGUACAAUUCAAGCAGCUACAUAGAUAAUGAAGAUAGCCAUUUUAAUGUGAAUAAUGGUAGAGGCUACAAAACUGUUGAGGAACGUGGGAUGAGCAGACGCAGCCCCAGGAACAGUAGUAGAAUGCAAAAUAUGUUUCUUUCCCCACCAGGAAAUGUAGAAAAGAAAAGGAUGAAGAGUAGUAAUGAGGAGGAGGUGCAGCAGGAUAGGACCAGUGUGCGUUACAGAAAUGACUCAAAUUAUUACAACUCGGAUGAGAUGGACAUCGAGUCGUCCAUAUCAAGCGACCACAGCCUUGUCAUGGAUGUGUAUAAGAACGAAGUGAAGGAGGACAACAUGGUAACAUCCAGUGGAAAUAUAUUUCCGAGAAAUCAGAUAGCGGAAUCUUUGAGAGUGUUAAAUACGUUACAGGUAGACAUUGAAAGAGUCUGCUGUUACAUAAAACAUUUUAUAGAUCCUCCGGAACAGCUGUUCCAAGUGAUGACGGAUGUUUUCGUGGACAAGUCAGUUUCAGUAAAUUCGAAAAUUGCGAUUUUUUAUGUGUAUAAUCAUUUAAUACAAGAAUUGAGAAACAAUUUAAGAAACGAUUUGAUAAAAUAUUAUUCCAUCGCGGAAAGUGGGUUACACAAUUUUGUUGUCCCAGUAAUGAGGUGUGUACUACAUGAACAGGUCAACGCAGAAAUGAUUAACAAAUUUUACCGAUGUAUAGCCAUAUGGAAUGAAAGAAAUGUUUAUAGCAAAAUAGUAUGUGAACAGCUAAAAUUACUUCAGAAAAAUCCACAAAAAAAAAUUGAGUUUACAGUGAAAAAUGUAGCUAGCCAAGCUCACAGUUUGCUAUCAAAUGAACUAUCCAAAUUUACGCCCAUAAAUUUUAUUUUAAAAAUGCCGAGUGUGAAUAAUGAGCAUAGGAAAGCUCUGGAAGAUACAACUCUUAGUGCGCUAUUUGAAAAUAUAUCAAAGGAUACCCUGAAGGGUUACGAUGACGCGGAUGUUGAGGAAGCUUCCAGAAUGUCAGACAAGGUGAUGCGCAUGUAUGGGCAGGAAUUAAUUUUAAUUAAUUCUCAAAUAUUGGAAUUAUCCUCCUUGAUUUGUGAUAAUAAUGAGCAGUUGGUGAAGCUGCAGAGUGCGCUGGAGAAGCUACGGGAUUGA